UUUAAAAUUGUUCGGCGGGCGGCGCUUCCCAAAAGGGAUUUCUUGGGGCGCAGCCAUGGAGGAACCGCCGACCCAAGUGACAUCCUUUCCUGAGCUUGCUGGGACACUGUCGCCUUGCACCGACUCCUGGGUGACCUCGCUGGCAUUGCUGGAGCAGAGCGUGCCCGGUUCCCCUGUGCUCGAGAGCCUCCAUCAGAGUCUCUCUGCCUUAUUCCACGAUAAAGGCACUACCGUCAGCCCGGUCUGUACAGCAUCUGCGGCUACGUGGAAGACACCCCCGAGUCUACAGGAAGCCAGUGUGAACACAUCCCCAGGGGAGACAACGUCAACCAAGGACAGCACCACAGAGACUGACUCCCUGCUAGGGCACCAUUCUUGCAAUCAGCUGAACGGCCUGUCCCGACCAGUGCUGGAGGGCUGCCUGGAGAGUGCCUUUGUCAUCAUAGAAGCCUUCUCGCACCACCUACGGGGCUACCAGGAACCUCACAGGCCAGCGGCAUGCGUGGGAACUGUGGAGCACAGGGAUGCGACUACUCAGACCUCUGGAGAGUGUCCUCACAUGUCUGAGAUGCUGAAGAGGCUCCACCGGUCCGUGCAGCAGAGCCACGAGAGCCAACAGAGUCUAGCCAAGCAGAUGGCGAGCACCGUGGAGGAAGUGACUGGCCUUGCUGAAGAGUAUACAGAGUGGAUGAAGGAAGGAGACCGCUUUGCAGGUGCCGUUCAGGAGGACUGGAGCCAAAUGCAGCUUGAUUAUGAAGCCUGGCAGAGCAUGCUGACCAAGUGCCAGGCGGUGAUGAAGAGGAUGAAGGAGGAGGUGAAGGCCCGCAGGCAGGAGCAUGUACAGCACCAAGAGAACUGUGAGAAGUUAAAGCUGCGGAUUGUGGGCCUGCGACAAGAGCUGGACCAGGUGAAUCAGCUGGCAAAGACAAAGGCUUGCCUAGAAGCAGACCUGAGGACCACGCUGCAGACGGUGGCAGCUGCUGCGAAGAAUGAGCGGGAGCUGCUGCUCCAGGAAAAUGAAGCCCUCUCCCGACAACUGGUGGCAAAAGAGGAGCUUAUCAAAUUGAUGGAGGAACAGGUGACAUGGGUUUCCCAGAAUAAAGAGACGAUAGAACGGGAACGGGACAGCAGUCGAAAGGAGCUGCGUGAGUUAUUGGACUGCAGAGAGUUUAUAGAGCAAGAGAAUCAAGUCUGCCGGAUUCAUCUCCGGGAUGUUGAGGAGGAGCUGAAGGCCUGCCGUUCGGCUCUGCGGGAGCGCAACACCCAGCUGGAGGAUCUGAAGGAUGCCCACCAAAUGCUUCGGCAGGAACAGGAGGUUCUCCGCCAAGAGCUGGCCACCUCCAGAGCCGAGCUCCAGUGCGCUCAAGACACAGUGGAGAAGUUCUGCAAGGCCCUGCUGGAGAUUCAGAAGGUCCAGGCGCAGUUCUUGGGACUCUUGGACUUGCUGCAAGAGGAGGCUGCUGACACCACUCAGAGGAGCAGGCCGUGCACUCCUGCACGGCAGGCGCUGCGUGGCUUGGGGAACUCCUUUGUAGACAGUGUCUUGCGUGCUGUGGCAGAGAGAGAUCUGGAGACUCCUGGCAUCGGGAGUGAGACCAGCACGUUUACUAAAACCACCACAGCAAUCCUGCCCAAAGCAGCAGAGGUCGAGGAAAGGCUUGUUGCCAGCCUCCAGGAGCUUCAGGAAGUGGCAGACCAGAUUUGCAGUCUGUGCACCCAGCACCGGAAGGAUGCGCAAGAGGAGGUGCAAAGCUUGCAAGCGGAAAUCUUGCAGCUUGAGCACCAACGGGAGUCUUUGGAGUCGCAGCUGAAGGCUGACCAAGAUGCCUACGAGGCUGAUAUGGCAAAGCUGAGUAAGACCCUGAAUCUGCAUAAGCAAAAUGAAAAGGAGCUGCAUGAGGUUCUUUGCCAUCAGGAUGAGAAGCUGCAGCAGCUGAUUGACCAGCGUCGGGAAGUGAUGCACCUGCAAGAAGAGGUGUCCCAGCUGAAGCAGGCCCUCCGCAAGGCCGAGACCGAGAUCACAGUGCUGUGGGAAGAGCUGAGGGGUGCCCGGGCACCUGAUGUGGGCUGGGUCCAGGAGAAAAUCCAGCUGUCUCAGGAGGUGGGGAAACUGAGGGAGCUGCUCCUGGAGAAGGACAGUGAAAAUGCAGGACUUGUGCCUCUCCUUCAAGAGCAGCUGUACCAGGCCAGGCAGAUGCUGAAACGAUCCAAACAGGUAGCGGCAGUGAUGAGGCAGGCGCUCACCCCAAUUCACGCAGAUGUGGCAGACAUUUCCGAGCUGAUGCAUCUCUUGGACCUUCUUGAAUGAAGCUGGGUUUGGGAGCUCUUUGUACUGUAAAUAAAUCUUAUUGUUUAA